AGUCACGUGGUGGCUGGGCCGGGGAAAUGGCGGCUCCAGGAGAGAGUGGGGCUUCGGCCGGCGGAGGCAGCACAGAAGAAGCAUUUAUGACCUUCUACAGUGAGGUGAAACAAAUAGAGAAGAGAGAUUCAGUUCUAACGUCCAAAAAUCAGAUUGAAAGAUUGACCCGUCCUGGUUCCUCCUACUUCAAUUUGAACCCAUUUGAGGUUCUUCAGAUAGAUCCUGAAGUGACAGAUGAAGAAAUAAAAAAGAGGUUUCGACAGUUAUCCAUAUUGGUGCAUCCUGAUAAAAAUCAAGAUGAUGCUGACAGAGCACAAAAGGCUUUUGAAGCUGUGGACAAAGCUUACAAGUUGCUACUGGAUCAGGAACAAAAGAAGAGGGCCCUGGAUGUAAUUCAGGCAGGAAAAGAAUACGUGGAACACACUGUGAAAGAGCGAAAAAAGCAAUUAAAGAAGGAAGGGAAACCUACAAAUGUGGAAGAGGAUGAUCCUGAGCUGUUCAAACAAGCAGUAUACAAACAGACCAUGAAACUCUUUGCUGAAUUGGAAAUUAAAAGGAAAGAGAGAGAAGCCAAAGAAAUGCAUGAAAGGAAGCGACAAAGGGAGGAAGAGAUUGAAGCUCAAGAAAAAGCCAAACGAGAAAGGGAGUGGCAGAAAAACUUUGAGGAAAGUCGAGAUGGUCGUGUGGACAGCUGGCGAAACUUCCAAGCAAAUACAAAGGGGAAGAAAGAGAAGAAAAAUCGGACCUUCCUGAGACCACCAAAAGUAAAAAUGGAGCAGCGUGAGUGACCGCUUGGGGUCACAGCCACAGACCCUUUCCCCAGCUGUCUCCCCUCCUGCUUUGAAGGACUCAUUCUUUCCUCCCAUUUCCACCCCAACAUAGAGUAGUAUUUGCUUUUUAGUCCAUUUUGUUUUCAAUACAAUUUAAUAUCGAUCAGAGUAAUUCUUUUGUACAUUGAAAUCAGGGGCUCGGUUUUAAAGAAAACCCUCCCCCACCCCAUACCCCUAGACCAGUCAGGAUUGGAAGGUACCACCAUUGGUGCUGCCUUCCCUUCCCACAGCCUGUAACUUAAUGUUUUGUACUUCACUCAAUUGUGAUGGUUAGAAACUUCGUGUAUAGUUUGUGGAAAUCAUCCAAUUAAACAUAUUGCCUAAA